AUGGCCGAGCGUUUCCCAGGCGACGGCACGGCGGCGAACGGCUUUGGCCGCCGCCACCUUCACGAGGACGAAGCUCGGCUCCUAUUUGAGGUCGAGCGGCGAGGGAAGGUCCACGAUACACCCCCGACAGCCCGCUGUGGGGGCCCUUACUUCCGUCGCCGCCACGCCGAGCAGCUCGAGGCCACCAACAGCGUCGUGCCCUCCGGGAGGCUCAACUCCGAAGGCCGCCGCCAAUGGUGGGGCCUGCCCGGUCGCACGCUGGAGUCCGUCCUUGAGUACAUCGAGGGCGGCAACACGCCCAUGCUGGAGUACCCCGCUCCACCGUCCUUCUCCUGCCGGCGUGGGAGCUCGUGGACGCCGAGGCACACGGAGGUGUCCUCCUCCUUGUCCGGUCGCUCGACCGUCUCUACCUGCCUCCACCCCGUCAAGCCGGAGCCCCAGGACACGCCGGUCAGCCACCGCACCUGCAGCGCCGACGUCCACAUCGCCGACCCCUCCCCCACCUAUGGACGCCUCGUCCUCGUCAGGCCGAAGGUGGAGCCCGACCUUCUCUCGGAGUACGAGGCCAUAGCUCAACGCGGCUUCUCCGACGAGGAGGCCCUAAACGACGACGACGAGGACGCCCCCGGAUCGUCCAAGCCGUCGCGCCAACCUGGGGAGGGGUGCAGCAGGGACGGCGGCCGCGACGACGACGACGACUGCACGCAGUUCUACAGGCGCCUCGGCAUAUGGCCCAGGCGAGGAACCAUCUGGGCUUGGGCUGUGGUUGUCACUAGAGCCGAAAGAAAAUCCCCAAACCCUUCUUCUUCUCCCUCUGCUCGGAUUUCAUUCCAGUUCACCAGACCAAACCCUACCCUGCUUCCCCGAUCCCCAAUCCCCAAUCCAUGGAGGAGGAAGCCCCCACGAGGCGUAGUAGAUCCGUCGGAUCCGGCGACCAGCAGGCACCACCGGGGGGCGAGGGGCGGCGGGGAGGAGCAUGGAGGCCUCGACGUCGACGACCUCAUCAGCCGCCUUCCCGACGAGGUGCUCGGCACCGUCGUCUCCCUCCUCCCCACCAAGGACGGCGCGCGCACGCAGGCCCUCUCCCGCCGCUGGCGUCCCCUAUGGCUCUCGCCCAACGCGCCGCUCCACCUCGGUGACGACAUCGACAUCCUCGACCUCCCGAUCUCCAGUAUCCUCUCCGACCACCCAGGCCCGGCCCGGCGCGUCUCGCUCUACCGCAGGUUCCUCCCCGACGAGAUCGACGGCUGGUUCCGCUCCGGGUCCCUCUCCGGCCUCCAGGACCUCGAGGUCGUCAACCUGGAAUGGGACCACCAACUGCCGCUGCCGUCGCACGCGCUGAUUCGCUUCGCGCCCACGCUCCGGCUGCUCAGCCUCAGCCACUGUCGAUUCCCGGACCUGGGCGUGCCGUCGAGUUUUCCGCACCUCAAGCAGCUUUUCAUGUACGAUGUCGGUGUCUCGGAUAACCAUCUCCAAAGCAUGAUCGCCGGAUGCGUUGUUCUGGAAAGUGUUUCACUGCACAUCAUGGGAUUUGGUCGCCUUUGCAUCACAUCCUUGACUCUCAGGAGCAUCACCUUCUACGGACCGUCGAAAGGGGAAGGUGCCGUCACUUUCCAGGAGCUGGUCAUUGAGGACGCCCCUUCCCUUGAGAGGUUGGUAACACUUGAUCCAUACUGCGGUCCUGCGACCAUCCACGUAAUCCGGGCACCUAAACUGGAGAUACUUGGGUCGUUAUCUCAAGGCAUAUCCACACUCGGCACUGGAACCGCUUUCUCUGUUCAGAAAAUGGUUGCUGUCAGCUUGACAUCCAAAAUGCACACGGUGAAGAUUUUGGUUCUCGACUCUAUCGGUCCUAAUCUUGAUUCGGUUGUUGACUUCCUCAAGUGCUUCCCUUGCUUGCAGAAGCUGUAUAUAUUUCCGCAUCGAGGAAAUUAUGUUAGUAAUGUGCGCGAGUAUGACCCACUUGAUCCAAUUGAAUGCCUUGAAGUCCAUCUGAAAAAAGUUGUGUUGAGGAAUUACAAUGGUUAACGAGGCCAGUAAUUGACUUUGCCAGGUUCUUUAUUUUGAACGCAAAAGUGCUAGAGGAAAUGGAAAUCGGAGUAUUCAGCCACCGCAAGGACAGAUGCUUGCGCCGUCAAGGUAGAGAACUACAAGUGGAGAAUAGAGCUUCUCGAGAUGCACAAAUUGGACUAAAGAUGGAUGAAGAAACUAUUUUGAAACACCAUGAUCGUACCCAUGAUUUUUCAAAGGCUGAUCCCUUUGAUAAGCCCGGUGGACGCUUGAUACAUAUGUUCUAGAUGACCUUUCAUGAAUGUGGUGCUUAAACCUAAGUUUGAAAUCGAAUGCUUUGUUACCAACUUUGAAGCAAACCAGGAUCAUGGAGGUGGUGCUUAAGCCUAAGUUUGAAAUCCAAACUUGCUGAUGUGCAAGACGCAUGAAUGUUACUAUAGUACGUAUGUGGUUAUGUUUAGUUUGUACUGGUUGUUUCUCUCCUGUUCCGUGUCCUAUGUAAGCUGGUAGCUCUGGUAUGUGUUAUGUUUAGUAGGUACUGGUUGUUUUUCUCCUGUCUCAUGUCCUAUGUAAGCUGGUAGCUCUGCAGGCUGCUGCUAAUAUAUCUUUGUAUGCACUGCUUGCUUUAAUGAAAAAACUGUUGUGUUUUUUGUCUA